AAGAUCCUUAUCAGCAUUCUGCUUUUUAGUAUCCUGAUUUUUUUCGAUUUUGGUGAAAUAAAUGCUAUGGAAGGUGUGGGAUUAAGUUCAGGAUACAGUUUGGAGCGCCAGGGGUUACGCCGCAGGGCCACGGGCCCCUUUCAGACCGAACGAGCACCACCUCCUCCGUUAAAACGUCACGUCGAUCUUCUUCCAUCAUCCUAUUUGAAGAUCGAUUAUAUGACGCAUGAAGUUCGUUUGCGGAUAGUUGGAGGAAAAGUAGUGCAAGCUAGCUUUCCAAACAAUACUCUUCCUGAAGGCCCUGAUUUUUAUAAACAUCAUAAUUUUCUAGUUCGUCUUGCUAAAAUAGCAGGUCAUACAGCGGUUAUUUAUGUCAGGCAAGACGGCUCACUUAUGGGAGUCCGACCACCAAAUCCAACUUCAGCAGAUAUGAUGGAGCCUGAUGGUACAACAUGGUUUAUCGCUUAUGCUGGCGAAUGCUUUAAAGUAAAGGUAAGGCCUGAUCAAGAACCACAUCUAAUGCUCGCGGUAGAAAUUGAGCUCAAAUCUGGAAACGUAAUUACAUCAACUGAUACAGUCCAAACAGUUACUUUUCCUUGGGUCAUAUUUAAUCUACACAGAACGCGCUUUUCUUCAAAAAUUACGGGAGCCUUGCUUCCCAAACCACUAACUCCACCUCGCGCUUGAGCUUCGAAAUAUUAAUUUAUAAUUGCAUUUAGAAUUAACUGUAUACAAGGUAAACAACAAAUGUGACGUUUCGCGAGGAACGGGACCUUAGGGUUAACAAAUCGAUUUUCAGAUUUUUGAUGAUGUUGAUAGUUUCAAAAUCGCUCUUUCGUAUUAAAAAGAAUAACAUUUUUACCUGUAAAAUUGCAUUUGUUAUUGAGAUUUAAAGUGAGGAGUAAAGCGCCUAUAUCGCGGCGUACGACCGGUCCAGAAAAUCCAGCCCCACCACGUUCUACACAUCUUUCUGUGCUGUAUCCGUGUGACUCAAGAGCUCGUCUCACGCGCUGAACGCGGAGCGAGAAGAUUUAGUC